AUGCGGGUGAUAUUCAGUCCCUUGGGGAUUUUCCUGUGCCUCCUCGUGUGGGUGUGCGCGCUGGUAGCCAACACGGUCACCGUUAGCUUCAUCCUGUACCCUCUCUUCACGCACAUCGAACCCGUGGAGACUCCACGUUCCCACUGGCUCUGGAGAUUCUUGGGUUACACGGCCUUGGGUCUCUUUCUUUUGAUCCUACACGAGCUCGCGGUUGUUUUUGCGCUGACGGCGCACUUGCUGGCAAUAUUCACGGACCCGGGUUCUACCAAACAUGCACCCAGUGAGGCUCCACCGAAUCUCCCAUACGCCGCAGCACAUUGUUCGCCGUGUAGAGGUUCCUGGAAGCCACCACGGGCUCAUCACUGCAAGGUUUGCAAGGAGUGCAUUUUCCGGAUGGACCAUCAUUGCCCAUGGAUAAACAACUGCGUUGGCCUGAUGAACCAGAAAUAUUUUAUCCUCUUUCUUAUCUACAUCAGCUCGGCGUGCACUAUCAGCAUCCUCAUAUUUGUUCUAGGGGCGUUCAAGUGGUUCCUGCUCUCUGGCAUACAAAAAGAGGUUGUUGAAGCGAAAUUCGCAAGUCUGGCGCCCACGUGGCUCUUACUUACUGCUUUGGCACUGUGCCUGGUCGUACUCAUCUUCUUCCUCGCCAUGUCUCUGGACUUCCUGUCUGAACAGUGGGAGGCACUGGAGACGAACACCACCCUUGUUGAAACCUAUAAGAAUACUCAUGGCACGCGGACGACUUUCUUCCAGCAUGUCGCUGAAGUUUUUGGUCCCCGGUGGUGGCUUUGGUUAAUUCCGUGUCCUCCGUCAAUAUCACCCAACUGGGCAGAGCCGGUGUACCUCGAGGAGGAACCGGUUGGCCAGAGCCCAUUGUUUUUCGAAAACGGAACCGUUUUUUCAAUGGCAGACUCUCAUCGGCGAGGUAGCGUCGAGCUCGUCUCCUCGGGGUUCGCACGGGAAGGGCCCGACUUGCGCGAAAGGCUUCCGUCCGCUGUGGUGAAGCCCAGAUCAAUUGUCGGAACGUAG